AUGCGCGCCGCGGUGACCGGAUUGCUGGGCGCCCUCCCGAGCCCUCAGUUCCAGGUGACCCUGCGGGCGCCGCACGACCAGCUGGAGUCGCUGCUGCUGUCCAUGAUGUGCACCGGCUACUGCCUUCGAAACGCGGAGUUUGAGGCGGAGCUGGAGAAGAAAUGGGAGGCCGCGUCGGCGUCGCAGGCGCCUCGGCUGGCGGAAGAGGAGAGGGCUGCCUUGUCGCCCGAGACUGCGGCGUACAUCAAAUUCCUGGAGGCCAGGCCACAGAGCAUCGAGACAUCCACCCGGGGUGCCAGCCAGCUCCUUCUGGCAGUCAGCAGGGAGCCCUGCAUCAAGGAUGUCGCCCAACUCACCAAGGUUGCCGGCGACUGCAUACCAGAGGCCUUCCAUGCAGUGGCCAACAAGAUCAUUGUGCGACUAAAAGUCUCUCAAGCAGGGUCACCCAGGAUGACGUUCAUGGAUCAUGUCAUGACCGGAUGCUGCCAGUUCACAUCCGAUCAUGGCCUGCCCCAACUGGACAUCGGCACCUCGAUCUGCUUUGGCCGAGAGCGGAUGAUGGAGGUGCUGAUGUGGUGCCUGUUGGUUGGGUACUAUGCAAAGGAUGUGGAGUACAGGACGACGCUCGAGCGCUGCAUGUUCAGAGGGAAGGAGGUACCCAAGGUGGUCGAACAGGAGAAGCUUCCCUCUGGAAGGGCGUGGCUCGAUAGGCUGAGUGGAUUCUUCACACAGGGCUUAUAA